CCAUUGUGCUGAGGCGGCAGGAGGAGGAGGCGGAGGAGAAGCCGCAAGAUGCCGUUCAGCUGCGUCUUUUCCAGCCAGAAGGUCUACAGCAAACUGAGCGAUGUCACCCUCAAGUACGAGAUUGGCCAGCUCAUCAAAUCAGAGGAAUACUGCGAGAUCUACCGGGCGAAGGACAAGUCGACGGGAAAGGUCUACGCCUGCAAGAAGUUCAUAAAGAAGGACGGACGCAGAGUUCGCAAGAUCGCCAACAACGAGAUCACAAUCCUCAAGAUGGUCAAGCACACCAACAUCCUGCAGAUGGUCGAGGCUUUUGAGACUCGCAAGGAGCACUACGUGUUUCUGGAACUGGCGACAGGCCGGGAGGUGUUCGACUGGAUCCUGGACCAGGGCUACUACUCGGAGAAGGACGCCAGCCUGGUCAUCAAGCAGGUGCUGGAGGCCGUGGCCUACCUGCACUCGCUGGGCAUCGUCCAUCGCAACCUCAAGCUCGAGAACAUCGUCUACUACAACCGCCUGAAGCACUCCAAGAUCGUCAUCAGCGACUUCCACCUGGCACGCGCGGAGGACGGCCUCAUCAAGGAGCCCUGCGGCACGCCCGAGUACCUGGCUCCGGAGAUGGUGGGGAGGCAGCGGUACGGGCGGCCUGUGGACCUGUGGGCGACCGGCGUCGUCAUUUACAUCCUACUCUCGGGGAACCCACCCUUCUACGAUGACCAGGACGAGGAAGACUACGAAAACCACGACAAGAACCUCUUUCGGAAGAUCCUAAGCGCCGAGUUCGAGUUCGACUCCCCGUACUGGGACGACAUCUCCGAUGCCGCCAAGGAGCUGGUGACGAGGCUCAUGGACGUGGACCAGAACACGCGCAUCACUGCGCAGGAGGCCAUCGCCCACCCGUGGGUGUCCGGAAAUGCGGCAUCGGACAAGAACAUCAAGGAUGGCGUCUGCGCUCAGAUCGAGAAGAACUUCGCGAAGACCAAGUGGAAGAAGGCGGUGCGCGUCACGGCCAUGAUGAAGCACCUGCGGACGACGCAGCACUCGGCGCCUCCGUCUCCCGCGGUGGCGAUGGGCGGCCCACCGGGCGCCACGGAGGCCGCCGCCACCGCCGGCGACGACGACGACGGCGGCGGCGAAGGAGGAGGGGGGGCGCCCGACCCGAACGGCCGCUCGCCGCAGCCCGGCUCGGCGCGCCCCUCGCCCCGGCACUCCGAGGCCGGCCCGCCGUGCGCCACCGACGGAGCGUCCCCGCCGACGCCGACGAGGGGCCCGGCGGUGGCGGCGGCGUUGUCGUCGCGCCCCGGCGGGCAGCCGUCGCCGUACUCGGCCGGUCCGCGAGCUGCCGCGCCCGCCGAGGGUGAAGCUGAAGCGGCGGUUGCGGCUGUGCCGGAAAAUUCGAUCGUCAUUUGCGUUCACGCGAGCGAUGGCGACGGAGCGGACGAGGCAGGGAACGAGUUGCGGUCCGAGAUGUAGGGAAAGUCGCCGUCGGUUUUGUCGUCGUUUCGUGAUUUUGGUGAUGGGGGGGGGGGGCGGUCGUGUGGGAGAGGGAGGGGGGGUUUCUCACCGUGAUUGCCGGAUGAGAUGUCUCGUUGG